UUUCAAAAGUGAUAACUAAGGGAAAAAGUUUACCAAAAUGCUAAAUUUAAAUUACUUGGUGUAAGGUAUUUUUGUUAAUUAAAUGUUCGUUUUAAUCGCUUUUUCUUCUUUAAUUUUUCCCGAGUGGACAAUGUACGUGCCCCAACCAUGUACAUGUCCCGCUGCUGCCGGUUUGCCGGUUGCAUGUUGCACGAUGCUCCUUGCGCGAUUCGCGUUGCUCGUUGCCUGUUGCCCAUUUGCCCGCCCGUUCACCUUCAAUCCUUUGCAAUGUGUUGAAUUACAUAAUUUAAAGUUCGCUCUGCAGCUGCAUAAUCCUUCCAGGUAACUGGCUGCUCCACAAGUGUCACACACAAGGCGCCCCGACCGUGGUCCUUUUAUUAGAUCAGCGGCCCAUCGUCAGGACAAAGUUUACCCGACACGAACUUUUCUCGGGCACCGCCUGGCCAGAGCCCAAGUUGGAAAUUAAAUUCCUUGUGUAAACACACUCCGUCCCUCUAAAAAGCAGAGAGGCUAACCAUUGCAUCGAUAUCGCGGUCGUAUACGUAAUAUGCAAAUGUAAUCAGUGCCCACAUUUUAUGUUCCUUCGUGUGUGGACGUGAGUGUGUUUCACAGUUUUAUGUGAGCCUUGCAGGAGUAACUUUGUGUUCAAAAAACUUCCCGAUCCUUAGCCAAAUCUAUUUGUAUUUUAAGGACACGGCGUCUCCUUCGGUUAUUUUUAGCUGGAAAAGUGAAUAUAACAGUCAGUCCUAAUAAAUUUUAAGGUCGCAAAUAUUCCUUAAAACAGUGCUCACUAUUCGGUAUUUAAAUAAUUAUUGUGAUUGUUCAACUGUUAACUGUUCACUUUCCUUUGGUGAAAGUAAUUCCAUCGACUUUAGAUACUGCUUAUCGCAGUUCAAUAUUAACCUUCCCAUAAAUAGCACCUUUUGCAAGGUGAGAUGUGUCAGAUAUCCCACAUCUCUCGUCAUGAUGCCGGUCAUUAUCUCAGCUCUACCGAUCGCAGUUCUCUGGCUGGCUUAUAUCAGCGGUGUUUCUUCCGAUUGCUGCACUUCCAUGGCGAUACUAGACUUUAAGAUCCGCGGUCGUGUCUGCGGUACAGUGGGGGCGAAAAGUAAUGGAAGUGGCUACAGAAUCACCAUUUGCGCCAAUGGCGAGGCCCUCGUGGGAACUUACUGUGGCAAGGCAGCUUGCGAUAUUUUUGGAUGCGAUUGCAUCAAAGGCUGCCUGCAAGGAACUUGGGCCCAAGAUUUUUUGAGAAAAAACUAUUUACUUGGCAUCGAGCUAUUGGGCACUAAAAUGACCAACGUGUGUGCAUUAUGUAAGUUUCUUAUUGACAAUGGAAUCAGGAAGUUAUAAUUUUCUUAAGUUUUAAAUAAAAGGGAUGCUUCUUUGCUGUAUGAAAAUAUUUUUUUGAAUGUAAUAUUGUGGAAUGGGGACAGGAAAUCAGUUAGGCAGACCAUCCAAUACCUCUUUUGUUUUUUUGCUUCUCUCUUCAUUUGACAUGCAAAAUGGAUUUUCCGUUGCCGACAGACACAUGGCACCCUUACGGAUAUUUUUCCGCCUGCGCUAAAUGAAAAACAUCCGCAUAUGGAACUAGUUUGGCAUCUGAACAACAAAGGCAUAAAAAAUGUGGAGAAUACCCAGCUGGAUAUUUUUGUCUAAGCGCGACUGGCAUUGUUUCCAAUCAAAUGCCAUCCUUCAGAUUCGCUUCUAUUUUGAACUUGAUGUUGUCAAUUUUAAUCAAUUCCACACAAAGCUUCCAUGAUCUCAUAGUUUUUU